UAAAUGGGUAUGGAGAGACCUCCACAGCGUUGACUUUAAUGGGAGGCUGCUGAGAAUCUGUAACAACAACAAAAAAGUUACAAUAAUUAUUUUCGCUCAACUUCAACCAAUCAACGUUACUGCCUUCUUUAUCAGGACAUGCAACAAAUUAAUGGAUAUUUACUCUGGCAGAUUCGGAAGUCGCUGACAGAUAGGCGGCGAAAGCAACUGGUAAGACAAAGAGUGACACAAGGAGGUGAAAAUGAAGCAAAGGCUGCAGGGCGUGAGAUAUAGCCAUGGAUAUAUUUCUGCUGGUUAUAUUUUUGAUAUUUCAGAUUUUUUUAAAAGUUUUGGGUUCGGGUUUUCGGGUAUAAUUGUAGGUUUAGUUGGCUAGUUGUUGUGGUAUCAAUGUUCCUAAUGAUAUCUGUGGUUUGGUUUAUCAUCUAUCUUGUUUUCAGGAAAUAUAAAAUAAAAUGUGGGAAUAUUAGAAUCACCUUGUUCUUUACUAACAUCAGUUUUGUUUCUUUUUUUUGUUUGAUCCAGUAAUUGUCUUAUUUCGCCGAAUGUUCAACUUUUUAUAGAGAAAAGUCAUUCCACAAAUCACUGGUUACAUACGGAGUAGGCUUCAAACAAUGAGGGUUGGUUCAACAAUAAACCAAGAAAUGCUACUACGUGAAUUGGGAAUUGAUAAGAGAGGCCGGCACAGGAGAAGUGCAAGGAAGAAUGAUAAUGAGCUUCAGAUUUGUAGCUUUGAAAGUGUAGCCUUGGCAACAGAUUACUUCUCCGAUGCAAACAAGCUCGGUGAAGGAGGUUUUGGUCCUGUAUAUAAGGGGAGGUUAAUACAUUGGGAAGAAGUGGCUAUCAAGAGACUAUCUAUAGCCUCAGGGCAAGGAUUAGUGGAGUUCAAGAACGAAGCUAUGCUUAUUGCAAAACUCCAGCACACAAAUCUUGUGAAGUUGAUAGGUUGCUGCGUCGAGAAGGAUGAGAAGAUGUUGAUUUAUGAGUACAUGCCCAACAAGAGCCUUGACUACUUCCUCUUUGACCCUUUGAGGAAAAAUGUUCUAGAUUGGACGCUGCGGUUCAGGAUCAUGGAAGGGAUCAUCCAAGGGCUGUUGUACCUUCACAAAUACUCAAGAUUGAAAGUGAUACACAGAGACAUCAAAGCCAGCAACAUUUUGCUGGACGAGGAUAUGAAUCCCAAAAUAUCUGAUUUUGGUAUGGCUAGGAUAUUUGGAGCACAAGAAUCAAGAGCCAACACCAGACGAGUUGCUGGCACAUUUGGCUAUAUGUCUCCAGAGUACUUCAGAGAAGGACUAUUCUCAGCUAAGUCAGAUGUGUUCAGCUUUGGGGUUCUGAUGCUUGAAAUCAUUUGUGGAAGGAAGAACAAUAGCUUUCACCAUGACUCAGAAGGGCCUCUGAAUCUCAUAGUUCAUGCGUGGAAUCUGUUUAAAGAAAACAGAAUUGGCGAGGUGAUAGAUCAGUCUUUGGGAGAUUCUGCACUUGACAACCCUCAAGUGUUGAGAUGCGUUCAAGUUGCUCUCUUGUGUGUACAAGAAAGCGCAGAGGAUAGACCAAACAUGUUAGAUGUUUUGUCCAUGAUAUACGGCAAUAAUGCUCUUUCUUUACCCAAAGAGCCCGCUUUCUAUGAUGGUCCUCGGAGAAGCUCGCCGGAGAUGGAGCUUGAGCUACCGGAGCCAGGAAAUGGAUCGGAUAAUAGGGUUACCAUCACGGUGAUGGAAGCAAGGUGAGCUGGUGGUGGAAUACAAAUAAAAAUGAUCGCAUUUGAGUCUCUUGUUAAGACUGAUCAUACAGUAUUUAAUCACUUGUUGAGCCCCAAAUUAAAACAGAGUUAAGGGUGUGGUUUAUAUUAACCCUUGUUUAUUAAUGUUGGCAAAAAGACAAUGCAGACAGUACGUUAAGGUUCCAAUACAAAUAGUAACGAGAGAGAAAUAAAACUU